AUGGACAAGAUUAAUUAUAGGCGGCAAUUCAGUUGGUCGACAGCUUCACGCGUGUGUUUUUCGUUUGGAGGAGACCUUGUAAGUGUGGCGAAUAAAAGGGAAAUGGAUUUUGUUCAUAACCUGUCUUCCAACAUCAUUGACAAUCCAUCCUGGAUUGGGCUGGUUUAUCGGUUUCAGAAAGAUGGAUAUUUAUGGAGCAAUGGAGAAUCCUUUAAUGAGUCUUUUCCUGUCAAGUGGCUCGGUAACAGAUCGAGUACUGCAUGUGAAGACAAAUGUGUUGAAAUCUUGGGAAAUGGUUGGAACCUUACCAAAUGUUGCAAGGAAAACAAAUACUUCAUCUGUGAAAGGGCGAAAGGUAAGUUGUUCCCAAGAAAGCACUUGAUAAGAAAAAAUAAAGCAUAGGCAGCGUUGUGUUUUUGAGAUAAAAACGUCAUAGGCUACAGCAAAAACCACUGACGAGUAUCGGAUCUUCUGUAAACAAAUAUUAGGAUACAAAUAGAUUUUGCUAUUCCUUUUUAUUUCAUCUCCGUAUUCUCUCAGUCUCCUUGCUGUAAGGAUCAGUUUACAACUGCUGUGUUUGAGCCACGCCCAGAUGCCAUAUUCUGAUAUCUUUUAGGGGUGUAUUUUGAAAAUUUCCGACUAGCACCUCCACACGUUUAUGGAGAAGCACCUCCCCCUCCAAGAACAAGUCAAAGCUUUUAAAUAUAAUUGGUCCCGGCUGUUUUGAGCAGUUUUGCCAAAGAUUAAACUUUUAAUGCAAAACUACGGAAAAAACAGUUGAGUAACAAAUACAUCUUAUAAUUUUUGGCGAGACAUCUCGACUGGCUUUAAAAAGGCACCAAAACAGCUCUUAUGGCAACAUCUAAUAUUCUAUAAUAUGAUCAUUAUAUUAUUUUAGAUAAGAGCCGGCUACCAAGUGGUAUCAAUCCACAAAUUAAAUCUUAAACACCAACAGGUAGGACGAGCUCCCCCAAUUUUUUUUAGGUGACUCCUUCCCCGAGGAAUUGUUUUGCUUUCGUCUUUUCUACAGUUAUCGCCAAAAUUACUUCGAGUUUUAAUUGGUUCACUGCUCACGUCUUUCCUCUUGUUAGAUUGGUAUGUGUGAUCAAAUGAUGACCGGUGAAAUUAGGGAAUAAUUUCACGCGUGUUUUGUCCAAAUCGUACUAAUUUAGGCAAGGGAAAUUACUCCCUAAUUUCACGAGUAUGCCAUUUGAUUACAUAUUAAUAUCAUGGGUGACGAAUUAUUCUCACAAUCGCAGGUUUUUGACAUGUUUAUCAAAUGAUCAUCGAUCGAGAAAUCUGCUUAAGUUCGUGAGUUUUAGACUUUUGCGACAAAGUUCCUGAUAGAAUCGCUCUUGAUGUGCUCUUUCGUGUGUUUCUGACAUCUUCAUUUCUAACAUUUUUAAAACUUUGCCACCAUCUCGGUAUUGAGACGUACCGAAGGUUGUCAUGGCAAUUUUGUAAUUUCACAUGUGAAAUUAUAAAUAAUUGCUGAAAUUUCGCGCCAAAAUUAAGGAGUAAUUUGUCAACCAUAAUGUGAUCAGAUUAACCUUCUUGGUUUAAUGUAAUACUAACAGUUCUUUAAACUAGGUCCACUGGCUUGCUCUACCGGUUGGUAUCUUAAUGGGUCAUCUUGCCACAUAGAAAAUAAAAAAAAUACAUGGAAAGGUGCUCAAAAGGGCUGUUUUAACUUCGGAGGAGGUCUGGUGAAGAUAGAUAAUUACGAUCAGCGCUGGUUUUUGAUUCGUUUCCUGGAAAUUUCUGGUCUAAAGAAAGCGGAAAUAGAUGUAAGUACGAGUUAUUUACUGCAGGCAUCACCAGGUGUUAAAAUCAAGCGCAGCGACAUGCUUACUCAUGUCUUCUUUUUGUGUAAAGAAUAGAGAGAAGUCACUACGUCACAUUGCAUGGAAGCAAAAUUUCUGAAUCUUAACAAACCUUUCUCGCGCAGAUGUGGCGGCCAUGUCAAUCAGCGCGCACGCAUCAAUCUUCUCUGAUGAGCCGAAGUCGAUUAAUCGGGGAAAGAACCAAUACAAUUUUAUAGUUGCUGAGUUGUUUGAAUAUUCUCCCGUACGUGAUUGCUCUUUCCUGCCUUUCUUCCAUCGUUCGAGAAUGCAAAUGGCCGUCUCCCUCAAGAGGAUUUCCCAGCCAUAGCUAUAGUUUGAAUAGGUCGAAACUUGAAGUGAGUCAGUAAGAUUACUUUUAGCAUGCUGUCCCUGAGAGACUGUAUCUUAUUCUCAGAAAACUCAGCAAAGGUGUUCGCGAGAUCGUUGUCGUUUGCGUGCGAUGGUAGUUUUGGUGCUGCCUUGAGAUGCAACAGGUUUUCAAACGUUGAGAACAAUACCCGCGGAUUAGAACUAUUGUCUUUAAUGGUGUCUGCACAAAACUUCAUCCUUGAGUUUGAAAUUAGCCUGUUAACGCAUUUGCAUUGCUUAACAAACACUUCCCUAGUAGUCGUAAGUUUGUUUUUCCGCCAUAUCCUCUCCAGUCACCUUCUUUAUACUUUUUCCGCUCUGAUCUGAUCGUUAUACCACGGCGCAGCGGGUCGUAUAGUAACAACACGUUUCUUAGCAGGCGCGUGUUGCUCAAGUAACCCCGAUAAUGUUCUGUCAUAGCAGUCUACGAGAGAAGAGACCCUCUCAAACUUGUUAUAAUUUGCUAAUUCUGAUUUUCGAAUAUUCUAGAUAAAGCAUUCUCUAUCAAUUGACCGCAGUUUCCUAUAUGUUAUUUCCAGCCUUUUAAAAUCUGGUUUCUUGAUAAACAACCCACAAUGCACAGCAGAAUGGUCGUAUAUGACUGGAUCAGACACUUUGAUGUAUUUUAUAAAGUUAGCAUUGGCUUUGGUGAUCACUAGGUCUAGGGUAUGUCCAUUUUUGUGGGUGGAAGCACUAAUGUGUUGUAUGAGAUUGAAAGCUUCAAUUAAACCCAUAAAACGAAUAGCAAAACGGUCAGUUGGGACGUCGAGGUGGAAGUUAAAAUCUCCAGUUAUUAGGAGCAGUCCAUUAGUACCAGCCAGUACUUCUAGAAAUGGUCUUAAAUCUUGAGAUAUUUUUUAAAUCGCGAAAAACUUGAAAAUAAAGACCCACGAAAUUAAAUACUAAUAAGGUACUUAUUUUUCUUUUUGAUUUGAUCAUAAGUAAUUAAAAUUCAAGGGUAGCCUUGGUUUUCGCGACGCACGUCUCAGAAAGGCUUCUCGCUGAAUUAUGGCAUAGUCAUGUUAAUGCCCAAGAAAUACCUUCCAUAUAUGUCGGAAAAAAAAAAAAAAAAAAAAACAGCGGACGGAACUCCCACGGGUUAUUUCAGGUCGUCUGGCGAACAGACUUAGAAGUCUAUUUGGAACGAACACAAAAUAAUUACGUGGAGUUGUUGGACUUAUAUCUACGCCGAAUGCCUUAUCUAAAUACAUUAUUCGAUGAGGUAGUUAGCCUGCAAGGGACCUGCAAAAACAAUUCUCUCCCAGGGUCCCACGGAAAAAGCUUCAACUUGUCGCAAUUCUCUCCCUGCGUGUGAAAAAGUCUUUCCUUACAAUAAAGGAAUGUGCUAUUUGUAGAUCGCUCGUCAAAUUGAUAGCGGAGCUCCACGCGCACGCUUCGCGCGCGUGUGGGCGGAGUCCCAUAGUCCCGAGAGACCGUCCGUCUGCACUACAGGAAAACCAAUGUUUACUUUCACACUUUCUAACUUCUUUUGGGAGCCCAUGAGAAAACUGAUUUAACGUCAAUGUUGUGAUCUAUUGACAGCUGUUGAAACAAGGUAUCCGCUGACCAGUAUUACCUGACCGUAUCGCGGGCUCAGGUGUCGACCCAUUGAGGUCGAGUACUUUUUGAAGUUAUCCGCUGAAAAGUUACUAGUUUUCAAAUGAUCGCAGGCUCAAGUUUAUAUUUUUAAAAAAUUCAUAUGAAAUAUGUUGUGUUUAUGUCACUAUGACCCCGCACUAUUAAGAUUUUGAUUUCAAUCCAACCUCGUACGCGAAAAUUGAGCCGGUUAUUUAGAACUACAGGCGGGGAAGACCUUUUCUUACCAAGGUCACGCGUUGGUCACGCUUUACGUCCAAUUUUUAUGCUUUGAUAGGUCAAACCUGACAAGUGAGUUCAUGAGGAAAACUUAUGCAGCAUCUUGAAACCUGUUCACUGAAGCUGACAGACUUUUGUGUCAACUGCUGAUGUUUUUAACUGUCUUUUUGCCCUGGAUGUACAAAAUGAAAUACAGCUGCUAUCAAGAGUCUUCUGUUAUUCAUGGCUAGUUUGUUUAUCGGUUUUCUGGUUGAGAGAUGCGUGGCUUGUCAAAGUCCGAAAUCCGAUUUCCGAUGGCAUCGUUUUCGUUUUUCACAUUGCUUGAUGCAUAAAAGAGGGUUCAAAAGUCUCAAGCGAUUCCGGCCUUACUUGAUAGCUUUCAGGAGCUGCAUCUCGAAUGGUAAGCCUGAGUAAUUAUUGUAUUUGACGUUUGUUUUUUUUUUUAUAUCUAAUUUCGUGAAGUCGAGCACCGUUUAUGCGGCAAGUUUAUGCACGUUUGUAAGAUCUGAGACAAUGAUCUGACCUAGUAACAGGUUUGAGAUAAGCUUACAGAACUUUAAAAAGCCUUUAGAUAUAUUUUCUCAACGCAAUUAGAAAGAAAACGUUUCGAAGAAUAGUUAAUUAUAAAUUUGGCUGUAGAAAGAAAACUUUGAGCGAUUUUCUUGCCUCGAGUCAUCUUUGAAAAACAGCAAACACCGGGAGAUCGGCUUCACAAAACGUAAACUUAAGCUUUAAGCUUUAAGACGCAGGAUUUUUAGAAACAUUUUAAUACUUGUCCUCGUGAAUGUAAAUUGUUGUCUCUGUAAAUGUUUCACCGAAUUAUAUUUCCUUUAUUGAUUUUUAGUAGUCUCUCUUGCAAUUUUAAUCGCUGUGCCGUUUGUUUUCAGUCGUUCAUGAACAUCGCUCGCAGGAGUACUCAAAAUACCGCGCAUAUCAAGAGCUUUUUAAGAUUACACAUCGUUACAAAACCAUUCAAUAAAAAAAUAAACAUGAUAAAUUCUUUAUUAUGUCGAAGCGUAACUCUCUUAAUGUUCAUUGCUAAUUUGGCACUCGUCAAAAGUGAGAACCGGCUGGCCGUAUAGGUGAUUUUGGAAAUUUUUUGAACGGUUUCGCUGAAAGCCCACGAUUGAUCGUCCUGAAUAUUGACUGAUUGCAAUUUGUCUUGAAAAAUUGUGAAAUACUGCAUUCUGUCCGAGGUCUGUAUGAUAAAUAGUACUGUUUCACCUGAGAUGUGAUGUAUAUAAAGUAUAAAAGGCUGAUUUACCACCGCCAGAUUUGUUGGCAAGAUUUCGUAAAGUAAACUUAUCCAGGGUUCGCACAGUCUUGAAAAGUCCUUGAAUUUUCUUCAACUUUGAAUUUAGUGGCAUGGAAGUGUUUUUUGAUGAUUUUUGGUUGUCUAAGACAGAAUAAGGGGUGGCGAAUGGUAAAAUCCGAGACUCGCCGAGACGCCGAGAUCCUAGCUAGAAAUCCGAGCCCGAGACUCUUUGGUAAAAGUUUGGAGACUCAAAAAAGUAAAAACAAACCAUGCAAAAACGAGACUUCGAGACUUAUCAAAAACGUUUCCGAGAUUUCGAGAUCCUGCCAAACUUUUCCGAGACGCAAGUUUUUUGAGGUACCAUUCGCACACUCCUAGAAUAUGAAUCAUAACUCAGAGCAUUUAAAGGUUAUUUACACAAAGUGCUCAAUUUUUUACGCAAUAAUUAACUAACUUAAUUAAAGUUAAGUGAACUGAAAAAUGUUGAGAAGUUGGUGAGGCAAACAGUUCAAGCCUAAGGCUGCGUGCAAACGGGCGCAACAACUCCCAACAUUGUUGCGCCAACAAUGUUGGGAGUUGUUGCGUGCGUAUUGGCAGUGGUGUGCAAACGGAAGCAACAACUCCCAACAAGUUUGGGACCUUCGGUGCAUCGUGGGAAGAAUACAACCCCUAAGUCUUUGUAAUCCAUGCGAAAUGAGAGUGCGUGGCCCCAACAAUGUUGGAAGAGCUGUGCAAACGGAUCCAAUAUUGUUGCGCUACGCUUCGGCGAUCACGGAACAAAGAAAAUGUUGGGAGUUGUUGGCUGAAAAGUUUGAUCGGUUUCAAACUUUGCGCAACAACACGCAACAACAUCCAACAACAUGCAACAAGGUAUGCAAACGGACGCAACAUGUAACAUCCAACAUGUUGCGUCCGUUUGCACGGGGCUUUAGAGCCUUAUAAGAAUAGACUGGAAAUGUGCAUUUUUGUACAAUCUUUGAAAUUAUAUUCCUAGUAGGUGGUCCUUGAAAAGUCCUUGAAAAAUGAUUGCAAUUAUUUGUAUGAACCCUGUUAUCGAAAGCAAAAAAUUUGGCCUGAUUUGUUUUCCAGGCCUAAUCUACUGUGAUCAAGAGCCAUUAUAGCUCUUGAAUGUGAUCGAAGAUGAUUGCUAUUUUUUGGGGUGUACGAAUAAGGCUAUCAACUCGAUGUAAGAUGUUUCACUCUAAAAUCACUUAGCCUUUCCCUCACACAUGAAUGUGCCCUUAAGUUGACUGAUUUGUGGAUUACAAAUUUAUUGUUUGAUUUAAAUUAUAAAUUUAUUAAUGGGAGCUUCGUUUUUAGCCCUGGCUAAAUCUAUAUAUGACAGUCCAUUUGGAUAGUAACAAACCCUUUAUAUGCAAUGUCCGACAGAAAUAAAACUGAAACUUUAUUUGCUUUGCAAGGUUUAAGGGACAGAAAAUUACUGUUUACAAAUAACUGUAUUUGAAACCCCAGAAAUUGACCCUGUCACAUUUUAUAGGUUUAGAGCGACAAUAAUACUGUCAUGUUAUAUUUUUGGGGAAAAGCCGGGGGGGGGGAGGUGUGUUGUGCAAAGUCCCAGUUAAAAAUAAUGCUGGAUCAAUCGAAGUUUCUGGGUAACUGCUGUCAACCUACCCCUCCCCUAAGUCCACAUCAACACUUACUUCUCAUUUAGGGCAAAAUUGUGACUCUAAACUAAUGACAAUCAUUUCUUCUUUCAAAAGGCGAACUUGCCUAUCUAGCCCGGUUUGAAAACGCGCAGCGGCGCAGACCAAUGAACCCCCAUUUAAUAUGGGGGCCUUGUUUGCACUUCGACUAGAUUUGUUAAUGCCUUGUCUGUGUCCAUUUUUAAGUACGUGUGGGUUGACAACACCGGGAACUCAUCAAAAUGUAGACGAAUGAAGACAGACACCGGAACGAUAGAGGAGCCCGACAAUUGUGAAGAGCAGUAUCUGCACUAUGUUUGUGAAAGGCCAGCCGCCUUAACAAUAAGUAAAUACAAAUUUUAUAUGAUCCAGUUCUAUUUAAGGUUUAGUUAAGACACGGGGGGAGGCUUCCCAAUAUUAAAAGAGGGGGAUGCUCGACGCUCUUGUCUAGGGGCACGUGUAAAUUGCAGAUUUUAGUGUCAUUAACGAGUUUAGAACUGAAAGCCAUAUUUGGACCCACACAAGUAGAGCUUUGCGCCAAGAAAUGACGGAAGAAGAAGAAGUAAAGAAGACGAGCACAGUUCAAACGUCAAACUUUUUAUGUACCGAACUUGAUACCUAUGAUACAAGUUCUAUGGUUGUCUCAGUCGUCGACCUUCAACUAAUCGGACUCAAUUCAUUUUCACCAUGUUUGCUUACCAGAAUAAUAAUUUGUAGUAAUUAAAGCAUAAUUAGGUUCGGUAUAUGAAAAGUUAGACUUUUGAAACGAAGUCGCUCCACAGUCGAAAUUCCUAUGUGGGCCACUCGAUCUAAAUUCAUGUGUCGACCCAAAUUAGAUAUGUCGGACUUAAUUGAUUCGAACGACGAUUGAAGGGAUUAGGUUCGAUACAUGUAAACUGGGCCUAAGCUGAUUCAAUCACAACUUCUUUAUCACAAUUAAAAUUACUAUAGCUCUUAUUUAGCUAUUUGCUUUAGUAAUAGGCCCUGUUCAGAAGCCGAACUUUUCAUGAGCUGAACCUAAUACUUUGAAUUAAGCACAUGAAACUGGUUCGGCGUCUGAAUCAAUUACGAACGCCUUUUUUAAUUUGGAACGGCUCAGCCGUUUUUUUUUUCGCCUAGCCCGGCAGGGAAUUUCGUCUUUGGAGCGACUCUGGAACGGCUUUGAUUCAGACGCCGAACUUUUCUUUUCCCGAACCUUAAUGCAUAAAUUAUUAUAAAAUAUUUUGUAAGCAGUUUGACCGACAUGAGCUUUUGAACUUAGUUUAGCUGCAAUUAACAUCGGCGUCUGAAUCAAUUCAGCCGGUCUAAAUAAUUUGGGUAGGCCUUAAUUCGAAUUAGGUUCGGCUCAUGAAAAGUUCGGCGUUUGAACCGGGCCUUAGGUAUCUUUUAGGCUUCAAAUGAAGCUACAUAUACAGCUACGUCACAGAUUGGUGUCCUUUUGGGGUUUUUAAUAUUCCCAUUUUCCGACUAGUCAGACUUGCACUGCGUAUGCCCGGGUUACUCGGAGUUUGUUCUGUCGUGAAUUGUAAUAAUAUCUUGAAUUGUAAUAAUAGUUGUCGUAAAUUGUAAUAUCUGUCGUACUAAUUGUAAUAACAGUUGUCGAGAAUUGUAAUGACAGAUGUUACAAUUCACGACAGAACAGAGUUCCCAGGGAGUUAAGGGGAAGAACAUUUCGAUUUGCGAGCUAAAGUGAUAUUGACAAAAAACAUUAAAGAAAAAGAAAAAGAAUGACUCAUUUUUCCUGCUGGAGUCAUUGUUGAGUAACUUUUUUAUAGUCCCUAUUAUGUUGCGUUUUUUAUACAUCUUUUUUUUCUUAAUUCCUCAAAAAAACAUUUUUUUUUGUUUGGGGGUCUAAUUUUUGCGUUUCCAAUUAACUUUUAGCCGAGAGUCCCUUGUUCCUCAUCAGGCAAUUUUUAAUGAAAGAUACCGCAUACUGUAUUAGUAUAUUACUGUAUUAUAUUAUUGUCAGUUUAAUAUUCUGCAUUUCCCUUUAGGUAAUUUGUGUUAUCAGUACCCAAGCAAGAAUUCAUCGGUUCCCAUCACAACCAACUGCUUAUUCCCAGAAAACCUUUGUUUCAUGUUUGAGAACAAAACGGAGAAUAACGAACAAGUCACUAUUCAAGGCUGCAUAUCUGCUGAUCAAUGCAGACUGUUUGAUGACAAACGUUUACAAUGCUGUGACGGAGAUUUUUGCAAUACUAGUAGGUAUCAUGGUUAUAGAAACGCAAUAGGUUGGUUCUUCAUCAAAAGGAAAAUAGCGCGAAGUUAAGGUUUUAAGUCAUGGUGAAGAGUGGAAAACUGAUCGGAAAGCAAAUAUGGUGUACUCUUACUGAUUUUUUCUUUCUUUUUAUUUUUAAUUGUUACCUCUUUUGAUUAUAAUGCAUCUUCAUUUCGCAACUUGUAAGUCUUCCGCCAAUCUACGGAUGACUGGAUUUGCAAAAGCAUGUCUUUUUUUUUCACUUACUUUCUAUUUAUCUAAUUUGUACCGACUAUUUACUGAAUAGGCUGCAGUAGAUAGUGUGGGUUGUCUUAGACUUUUUUUGGCUGGCUUGAGCAACGUUUUCCGCGGGGCAUCAUUAAGCCUUAUGAAGGAACAAUUCUCACGACUGGCAAAGUCUGCUGCGUCCAAUAUCCGGGCUACACGGAUGAUGUCCGGGCUACACGGAUGAAAGACUGAUCCCGGGCUUGAGACGGAAAGAUUGGAUACUGCGAGCUUUGUUGUUGGCAGUAACAAGUCUUUGGCCUCACAAAGUAGGUUCUAAGGAUGAAAUCUGUUCGGCGACAUGGAAAUUGACACCGAUUUCUGACCAGGUCAAAGACAUAGUAAAAAAUUGUUUGGAAGACGGGAACUGCAUGUCUUUUUUUCAACCAUUGGUUUACAUCCGGGAUCUUGAAUAAAUCGAUUGUGUGAGUCGAGAAAAGUUCCAUGUGACGAUUUAUGUGGAGAAAGCGAGAGUUUAACGGAGUAAUAUCAUAGGUGACGAAUUACUCCUUAAUUUUGGCCCGAAAUCAUCAGCGACUUUUCACAUGUGAAAUUACAAAAUUGCCAUGGCAACCUUCCGUACUUCUCAGUGUCAAGAUGGCCAGUAAUGAAGAUGCCAGGGCAUAAAAAGACGCUUUAGAAAACCUGCACACACGAAAGAGCACAUCAAGAAGGACUCUAACAGGUGUUUUGUCGAAAAAUUCUGCAGUUAAGCCAAAUUUUUAAAGCUCUAAACGUUCGAGAGAGGGGAGUUCUCUAUCGAUGCGAUCCGGGAUAAACAUGUCAAAAAUCUAAGAUUGCUAAGUGAACGUAAUUCGUCACCCAUGAUAUUAAUAGGUAAUCAAAUAUUAAUGGUAUACUCGUGAAAUUAGGGAAUAAUUUCACUUGCGUUUUGUCCAAAUCCUAGUAAUUUCCCUCGCCUAAAGGCUCGGGAAAUUAUAAGGAUUUUAGCCUGCAAAACAGGCGUAUUUUGGAGCGCGAUCUAUGAAUUGUUUUCCGGAAUGACGUUGACCCACCAUCUUGGACGUCAAAUAAAUACUACCAAAGAGUUGGGACGAGUCAAAAACUGAUUUUAAGGGAGAGUUUGAUGCGUUUAAAAUAGCGGAGGGGGAGGGGGAAGGGAGGAAAAAACUCUCCUGUCGCCUACACCCUCCCCCUUCCACCGCCCCUCCCCCUUAGUCUUUUCCGUUGCUGUUCAAGAUGGCGGCCACGAUCAAUGUAGCUCCGAGUUUUCGUUAAAAAACGCCUGCUAUGCAGGCUAUAAGGAUUUGGACAAAACACGCGUGAAGUUAUUCCCUAAUUUCACUUGUCACCAUUUGAUUACACAUAAUAAUUUGACUAUAUUUCGCUCGUAUUAAGUUUGGAAGUAUUAUGAGUGGUUUUCGGAAGUUUUGUGAUUGCCGCGAAAGUCAUUUAUUGUGUGAUUUACCGAAAGUGUUGACAGACUAAUCUCAGGUACGUGCGGUUGAGCUCGUGUUACCAGAAUACUUUGUGCCAAGCAUAAAAACGCUUCGUGAGUGUUUAGUUUAGGUGAUUUUGUCUUUGAAAGCCUAUUCUGUACUCAAAGAUUGUGCAUUCUUGAUCUGUUUUCGGCCGACACUGAGCCAUGGGCCUCACGAUUUGACUGACUAAAAGAUUACAAUUUCUGGACGUUUCAAAUGUUGUUUAUUUCAUCGCAAAACCGUGUUACUUCCUCUGCGAGAGAACUUUACCGUCUAUUGCCAGCAAUAAUACUGUCAUUGUUUAGCCUCAGCUAGUGACUUUUAACUGCUUUCCAUUCCAGUAAGAUGUCAAAUUGUUAAAAUGCACUUGAAAUUUCUUUAGCCACGUUUUAUCAAAUCCAGUCAGAUAUAAUAUAUAUAUAUUUUAUUUGCAGUCAUAGAAAACACGACGCCCGCAUCUGUACCAGAAAAUAACAACGUUAUUUACAUUUCACUUGGUGUCACCUCCGCUAUUUUGCUGUUGUUGUUCGCUAUUUUCGUCUGGUGCUACAGAAAAAGAAAGAAAAGGUUUGUGGAGCUCUGCUAA